UGUCACAUGGUGCAUCUCAGCUCCCUGUGUCCUGAGGCAGACGCCAUACUGUAUGCCUCAGCACCCUUCCCCCUGAGGGAGACGCCACAUGGCGCCUCAGCGCUCUCCUGGCCGCCUCCAAUCACGUUCUCAGCCUCAGCCCGGUGCCCCUGCGCACGCGCACGCGCACUCCCACGCUCACGACGUUGCCCCUCCUUCCGAGCGUGCGCGUGCCCGCCCCGAGUCACCUUGGUGAACGUGGAAAUGGCGGCGGAGAAGCGGCGAACUUCCCCCAAGGCCAUAAAAUUCCUCUUCGGGGGGCUGGCGGGGAUGGGGGCCACGUUCUUCGUCCAGCCGCUGGACUUGGUGAAAAACCGUAUGCAGCUAAGUGGGCAGGGAGCCCGAACAAAGGAGUACAAGACCAGCUUUCAUGCCGUGAGCAGCAUUCUGAGAGCUGAGGGGAUCAGUGGAAUCUACACCGGUCUGUCUGCUGGCUUGCUGCGCCAGGCCACGUACACAACUACCCGCUUGGGCAUCUACACCAUCCUCUUUGAGAAGCUCACCAAGGCUGACGGGACGCCGCCCAACUUCUUCAUCAAAGCUGGAAUUGGGAUGACGGCGGGUGCAAUAGGUGCCUUCGUGGGGACACCUGCUGAGGUAUCACUGAUCAGGAUGACUGCUGAUGGCAGGUUGCCCGUCUCAGAACGUAGGGGCUACAAAAACGUGUUCAACGCACUCUUUCGCAUUACCCGCGAGGAGGGGCUCUUCACACUCUGGCGAGGUUGUGUUCCAACGAUGGCACGAGCUGUGGUGGUGAAUGCAGCCCAACUGGCUUCCUACUCUCAGUCUAAGCAGUUCCUUUUGGGUCUAGGUUACUUCAGCGAUAACAUCCUUUGCCAUUUCUGUGCCAGUAUGAUCAGCGGGCUCGUGACGACAGCCGCCUCCAUGCCAGUCGACAUCGCCAAAACUAGGAUUCAAAAUAUGCGGAUGAUCGAUGGCAAACCAGAGUACAGGAAUGGAUUGGACGUCCUCUUAAAGGUCACCCGACACGAGGGUGUCUUCAGCCUCUGGAAGGGUUUCACUCCCUACUACGCACGCUUGGGUCCACACACAGUCCUCACCUUCAUCUUCCUGGAGCAGAUGAACAAAUAUUACAAGCUCUACUUCUUGGAUAAAUAAAAUGGUGACUCCUUUAGCCUCUGCUGCCAGGGGUUUAAACAAUUUGGGAGUGGAGGGGUGGGUUAGGAGGACAACACAUAACCAGAUCUACUAUUGACCACUCAAAAGGUUAGGUUGAUAUUUUACUUUGCCUGAAUGUCAGGGGUUAGAAGCCCGUUGUCUGUGUGGUUAUGAGAAUGUGAACAAGAGUGCACUGUCCUUUGCCCUGGGGAAACACUCCGUUCCCUGAGCACAGUUCAAAGAUGCAUGACCCAUCUGUCCCUUAAACCUUUUUGAACUUUCAGUUACAUCAUGGGUAAUUUGCCUCAAUGCUCCAAUCCUUAAUUAACAUCAUCAGAUUAUCAUAUUGCUGAGCACAAACUGGUUGACUCAUUGGCAGUGGGACAUAUUGGGACAUUCAAAUGUUGUAAAAGUUUAGGCUUUUAUCCCUGCUGAAACACUCUCGUCAGUCCCAAAGUUCCAAACUUAACCCCAGGUUCCCUGAUCCCCAGACCCCUCAUCCCACCCUAGUCUCAACAGCUUCUUCAGAUAUCUGACAGACUCUUGAUGGGGAAUUGCUUCCUGAUGCCUUCAUUAACAACUUGAGCAGAUCGGUUACUGUAACAUUAUUACAGCGCCAGAAUCCAGGUUCAAUUCCUUCUGCUAUCUGUAAGAAGUUUGCACAUUCUCCCUGUGACCACAUGAGUUUCCUCAGGGUGUUCCGGUUCCCUCCCACAUUUCAAAGACAUGCUGGUUAGUAGGUUAAUACAUCUCAUGAGUAUAAUUGUAAAAAACAGGCUUGUUGGGCUGGAAAGGCUUGUUACCACCCUGUAUCUCUUUUAAAAAAAACACUUAACUCUCACUGAUCAUGCCUCCCCUUGUUCUAGCCCUUCCAUUCAAAGGGAUCUCCCAGGACUAGUCUCCUUUGAAGAUGAGAAUUGGAGAUGUGUUGGGAAGGAACCCUUGUUGUCUGAACUCUUAGGUCUUGGUGGCCUGCACGGUGGAGGUGAGGAGCAAAGGAGGUAGAGCUUUGGGAAGUUGUUUAUUCUACCAUAGUGGAUAUUUACAGGGAUCCCAUCUCCUGUUCCCAUUGUGAAAAUUGACCCAGUAGCCAGUCAACCAGUCUUGACUUGUACUGAGACCCUCCGUCCCAACUGUCAUGUAGACUUGUACAGAAACAGGCCCUUCAGCCCAUCUUGUACAUGCCAACCAUUAUGCCCAUCUACAUUAAUCCCAUUUGUCUGCUUUUGCUUGUCUGAAUCCUUGGACUGGUGGUUAAACAGGCCAAAGGCUUGUGUCUUUGUUCUGAAGCCUACCAUUGGGUUGGGCAAGUUGGGGGUAGUGGUGGUGGUGGAGGGGUUGGUAAGGAAUGAAUGUCACCCCCUUUUCCACUGCUCACCACUCUGGCUCAAGAUAGCAGGCUUAAGCAACAUCACACUGGUGCCACUACAGCAGCCUGUUGUAAAUGUUUAAUCGAUCCCAGCCUUUCAUCCCCUUCCAGUUAUUCUCUGCCUGGACACACAAACUACAAGUGUAAUGGGUUUACAUUCAAUUCCUGCUCUACUGCACAGUUCACUGAGGUUUGUGCUUGGGAGUACAGGUCCUCCCCCUCACCUAUUAACAAAGAGAUAGUCUCUGAAGAACUCAUUAUUAUGCAAGUUUCUACAGCAGGAGGUAUGCCGAACAUUUAACUUGCAUGACAGAUGUUACAAACGAAGGUCUUUGAUCUCCUCCUACCCAAGGUGUAGUAAAUCAAGUUGUACUUGUUUUAACAAGUCAAUCAUUGCCAAAUGGAUGAGCUCAGGUCCUCAAGAGAUUACAGUCGGCCCUCCUUAUCCGCGAGGGAGUGGUUCUGGGACCCCUCGUGGAUACCAAAAAAUGCGGAUGCUCAAGUCCCUUAUUCAACCUGUCUCAAUGCGGUGGACAUUAGGACCCAGCGGCGGAGCUCUGAAUCCACAGUGUUUCUGUUCACGAAAAUAAUCACAAUCACAAUUGAAAAUAAAGUGGAAAUAAUAAAGCAGUUGGAAAGAGGUGAAACGCCAUCAGUCAUUGGAAAAGUGUUAGGUUACAGUCGGUCAAUGUUCAGAACAAUUUUAAAGGAUAAAGUGAGAAAGGCCCUGCCCCGAUGAAAGCUACAAUUAUUACUAAGCAAUGCAGUGGUUUAAUUAUUGGGUUUUGGGGUUUUGAUCCUCCACAUCAACCAGGCACAGAUGGAGAGUGUGCUCGGGGGUGAUCUGUCACUGGAUCGAACUCGGGAACCUCCAUUUCCAAGCCUGGUGCUGAAACAUAUGUUCUUAAGUGUUUUAUAUGCAUAGAAAGGUAAAAUAUAUACUAAGCCAAACAUCUGACUGACUGAUGCUAAACAAUACCGGAUGUACCUGUUCCAACUUACUUAGUAAGCGAACUUAGGAUUUUUUUUCAAUCCCGAUCCACGGUAACCUACGCACAUCCUCCCAUAUACUUUAAAUCAUCUCUAGAUUACUUAUAAUACCUAAUACAAUGUAAAUGCUAUGUAAAAUAGUUGUUAUACUGUAUUGUUUAGGGAAUAAUGACAAGGAAAAAAAGUCUGUACAUGCUCGAACAAGUGCUAGAAGAGAACUUCCGGGUUUUCUGAAUUCGUGGUCGGUUGUAUUUGCACAUGUGGAACUCGCGGAUAAGGAGGGCCGACUGUACUUAUUGCCCAUUAUGCCACUGACAUGUAGGGCAGCAAUGAAGAUCCUCCAUCGCUGUCUGUCCAUAUCUUCCCACAUACAUAUAGAAUCCAGCCAACAUAGUUCUCUAGGUUAUUGAAGCACACAAGCCUCAAACCCUACUCCAGUGUUGUGGUCCGUUUGGAGGUUAAGAGCUUCACUAGCUUAUUUCACAGAUCCCUCUCCACUGGCCUUAUCUAAAAGACUGUUAAAUGUUACUGGCUGUUAUAGACCUGUGUUUCAAAGGCACAUCAGGCAGAUGUUUUCCCUGCCCUUCAUUGCACCUAACAAAACCCUCGAGAAGCAACAAAUUGAAUUAGAGAAAACCUUUUGCUGCAGUAAAGGUUUAAAUAAUCAUUCCCUUACUUCAUUUUCCCUAAAUGUUGCUAGAACUAAGCAGCUUGAGUUAUGUAGGGAGACUGGAUAAGUUGAGGCUUUUUUCCCCUCCAGAGCAUAAGAGGCUAAGGGGGUGACCUUCUAGAGCAAGGGUGCACAGCCUUAUUUAUGCCAUGGACUCUGACCAUUAACUGAAGGGUCCGUGGAUCCACUGCUCCAGACAUCUGGCACUUAGCUCCUGGUAGGGUCAGCCAUGGUGGUAAGCAAGAGGGAGGUUCCAGACAAAGAGCAAUUCAGGCAAGAUCUCAGCAGUGGAGCUGGCGGAAGAUGAUGACACAUCACAACUAGUGAAGGCUGAGGAAGGCUACAGCAGUGAUGUCUUGCAUUCCAUGUCACUGAACCCUAACCCUAAUCUGUCAAAGACCAUGUGGCAGCUGCUCAUGCAUCAACCUUCCCAUGUUAAACAAAGUCACAUAGAGGCGUUCUUCAUUAAGGGAAUUCACCAUAACAUCCCAGAUAUGUGGAUCCUGGAUCAGCCUCUACUGCCACCUGGGACCCACCAAUAGAACAUCAUACUCAACUCUACUACUAAUACUAAAAUUUCAUUAAGUCAUGAGGGGCUUAGAUGAGGUGACACAGUCUUUUCCUUAGAUAAAUGACAGCAAUAGAUUUAAGGUGAGAGUAGUGAAUUUUUAAGGUUACCUGGGGAAUAACUUUCCACCAAGGGGGUGAUGGGUUCUGGAACAAGCUGCCAGAGGAGGCUGUAGAGGCAAGUAAACUGCAAUGCAGGCAAAUAGGACCAGCUCAGUGAGGCCCCCUUGUCUGAACAAGUUGAACCUCACUAUGAUUGAACCGAUGAAAAAAGACUGGAUUUACCCAGGUUGCUCUUUUCAGUCCAACCUUCAGUAGGUCUCUGAUGUCAAUACUUGCCCAUCCUGUGCAGCCAGAAAUGAUAGGCCUUACCUGAAUCUGCUCCUUUUAUACUCUCUCUCCAGACCUUUGGUAGUGCUAGAACACUGAUACUCACCAUGCCUGAGCUGCAGAAAAAGACCAGAUUUACCCAGAUCUCCUCUUUCUAUCUUCUCACUCCGACCUUCAAUAGGCCCCUGAUGCUAACACUUACACCUUCUCAUAUUGUAUAAGUCGAUGGCUUCUAACCAAAGCAGAGCAGAUAGGUGGUGUGGACGUACAGUUUCUUUAGUGAGUGUGUGUGUCAUUGUGUCCAGGGGAUGGAAUGGGGGGUGGGGGCAACCUAGGAAAGGAAGGAGCUGCAACAGCAGAGUAGGUGGUGGAGAUGGCAGAGUUUUCCAUUUAAGGUUCUUUUAUUUUGUAGGGCAUGCAUCAGCCAAACUCUUCAUCUCACAUCGGGGGUUAGCGACAUGGUGCCUGAGGCAAGGCACAGGUUGGAAUCGGUCACUGCAAUGUCCGAACAUUUCUGUAAGUUUUAACAGCAGGCGGGUCACAUCACAUUGGGAAAGUCAAAAUUACUUGGAAUAGUAUCCUCCAAGUAAAGCGCAAUGGCAAAGGCCAUCAAAAGUUAAAUAUGCUAACAACAUAUUUACAUUAGUUUAAUAUAUGUAAACCAUUCAAGUAGACUUGAAGAUACCUUAACCCACAAAUACCGCUAAUGGUACCAUUGGAAGCUUCUGCCAUCACAACAUUUACCCAAGGGAUUCAAAGGCUGAACUUGUUUAGGAGUCAACAUCCCUUGUAUCAACAUCUUCCUAUAAGUCUAGCCUAAUUUGUGUGCUGGCUGUAUUGAUCACACUGUGCUUCUCAGUGAUGGAGGAUCUGGGAUUUGAGAGUCACUCCAGGCAUUUGAAACCAUCAUUCAGUCGUUUCUGCACCACAGGAUUACUGUGUUGGCAAAGUUAACUUAUCAACUGUGAAGAUGGACUGAGCUUCCCAUCUGCCCUUUCAGUUGGAUGGAAAGGAACUCAUGAUGUUAUGGAAGAAGAGCAAGAGCAGUAUCUGGGCUGAUAAUUAAUCCUCAAACAACAUCACUAUCUUUUCAUCAGAAAUUACUGUGCACAAAUUACCUGCCACAGUUUGCUUCGUGUGACAGACAGGAAUAGGUCUUUGUUAGCUGUGAUGCAAUUUGAGGUAAAGAAAGGUACUGCAUAAAUGUAAGUUCUUCCACAUGCAUUUUGGUUUGGCACAGAAAACUGCUGUAGGGACAAGACGUUUCAGAUUGACUGAUACUAAGACGGGAGCAGAAUUAGGCCAUUUGGCGCAUUGACUGGUUCACCAUUCCAUCAUCUUUGGAAAAGAGUAGAUAGUGGACAUUUCAGGACAUGGUCCUGAAGAAGGGUCUCGGUCUGAAGUGUAAACUGUUUACUCUUCAAUAGAGGCUACCUGGCCGGCUGAGUUCUUCCUGCAUUUGAUGUGUUUUGCUUGAAUUUCCAACAUCUGCAGAUUUUCUUUGGUUUAUUCUGAUUUAUUAUCCCACUCACCAUUUUCCUGCUUUCUCCCCAUAACUUUUGAGGCCCUUACUAAUUAAGAGCCUAUCAACCUACACUUUAGAUAUACCCAGAAACAAGGUCUCGACAGUUACCUGUUGCAAUGAAUUCCACAGAUUCACCACCUUCUGGCUAAAGAAAUUCCUCCUGAUCUCUGUUCUAAAGACACAUCAUUCUAUUCUGAGGCUAUGCCCUCUGGUCCUAGACUUUCCCUCUAUAGGAAACAUGCUCUACAUGUCCACUCUAGGACGUUCAACAUUCAAUAGGUUUCAGUGAGAUCCUGCUCAUUCUUUUAAAUACCAGUGAGUACAAGCCCAGAGUCAUCAAACAGUCCUUGUACGUUAACUCUUUCAUUUCCAGGAUCAUUCUCAUGAACCACCUCUGGACUCUCUCCAAUGCCAGCACAUCCUUUCUUAGAUGAGGAUCCCAAAACUGCUCAUGAAACUUCAACUGCAGGCUGACUAAUGCCUCAAAGAUGCAGGGUCUCAACCAGAAACAUCAGUCUUCCCUUCAACUCCACAAAUGCUGCUCGACCUGCUGAGUCCCUCCAGUAGUUGUUGCUUUGCUCCAAACUUCCGCACUUGUCUCUUGUGUGUCUCUUAGAUUUGGUUGCUGAGCUGUCCUGGAUGGUUCUCUGCCAUCUGGUAACCCCCAAGAUGAAUGUGUUCCACAGGAGGUCACCCUAUUUGCCAUGGUAUUACACACCUUCAUUUUCUUGUGUUCUACAUAAAUGCUCCAGGUUACUAAUAAAGUGCUUUACUGUACCCCAGGAGGGGCAUAGCUAACUGAAUGGGGUGAGUUGGGAAAAUUCCUUCCUACUCUGUGCACCUCCAUUCGCACCAUCCAAAAGCAGACAACAGGUUUGUGAGGAAUAGAAAAACACCAGCUAACCCCAUCCUUACCAGCUGUUGAUGAGUUAAGAGAGGGCUGGAUCCUCAUCUUGAGAAGAAGCUAUUAUUCUGACUGCCAAGAUUGUGUGUAGAAGAGUGAUUAUUUAUUAAAGGAGUAGAGACUGAAGAAUGGGUUCUGGGAUGUUAAAUUGUUUUAUUAUUGUUACAUCUACUGAGUACAAUGAAAAUCUUGCAUAUCAGAUUGACUAUUACAGUAGUGGAUUGAGGCUGUACAAGCUAAGACAAUAUAACAAAAUGCAGAGUAAGGUGUUACAGUUACAGGGAAAUUGCAGUGCAGGUAGACAAUAAGGUACAAGGCCAUGUCAAGGCAGACUGCCAGGUCAAGAGUUCAUCUUAUAGUAGAGGACCGUUCAAAUGUCUUAGAAAAGAGAUAGAUGCUUUCCUUGAGUCUGCUGGUAAAUACUUUCAGACUUAACUGCUCCCCUGUGGGAGAGGGGAGAGAAUGUUGCCCUAGUUAUUAAACUUUGUUAACAAUGCAGCAAGCAUUGAAAAUGGUAGUCGGUAUCUGUGAACAUGUGAAAGAACUUAAUGCUAGGUCAUGGUCUUGAACCUUAUCUCUGUUCCUCCAUGAGUACUGCCUCGUGAACUGCGUAUUUCCAGUAUUUUUGUUGAAUAUUUCCAGCACUUUGCGAUAUCACUCCUCAACUUUUGACUCGCCCCACCACCAUCCAUCAUUGUUAAUUUUCAAACUAUUGUAUUUCUCUGUCUGAGAGAGUUCCAAGUGAAAAUUCUGUACUGCUGCCCAUGUUCCCUCUUAUCUACAAGAGGUGCCGUGGACAUUUUUAAGCUAAUAGUGAUAUUAGAUCUUGUGACAUUUGAUUACACAGUAAAUGAAUGACUUGGAAGGAAAAUAUUUACAAAUAAAUUAAAUAUUGCUUCAAUGUG